AUGGGUAAUGGUCAAUCUGCUGCUGAUGAAGAUCAGUCAAAGUCUUCAGAUUUAAUUAAACCACGUGAACCAAGUUUUGUAAAGACUUGGUCAAUUACCGAGAUCCAAUCAUUAUUGAAAAAAUAUGAAACACUAGAAGUUGUGAGAGAACUGAAGUUUUUGUUCGAUUCAGAUCGCAGUAUAAAUGGAAACCUUCAAAAUGAUUUGUGUCAACUUUUUUAUAGCAAACACCGAACAGAUACAAUAAUUGUGUAUAAAGAUACAUUUUUUCAUGUUCAUAAAAUUGUCCUUAUAACAAGGUGUAAGUACUUUCGAAGUAUUCUUGUAGAUAUAAACAAAACUCAUGUUAAAAUUGGUUGUGAUAUUUUAGAUGUAAAUAUUUCUGAUUUUACCGAUUUAAUCUGUGGUUAUAUAUAUUAUGGUUAUACAAAUAAAAAUAAAUUACUUGAAUCUAUCGAUAUAAAAAAAAUUUCAAUAGAAAAUCUUGGUUUGUACAACACUUUAGAGGAUGACAUGCAAAAACUUUUCAGUUCAAAAGAAGGAGCUGAUUUAGUCAUAAGCUACAGAAAUGAACAGAAAAACUUGUCUUCUGAGUACUCAGAAGUAUUAAAGUCGUUUAAUGGAGCACUUAAUGUCCAUUGUUAUCUUUCUAUUGUCUCUUCUUGUUCGCCUUUUUUAAAAAGAUUAUUGGAAACAAAGUAUUGUAAUCAAAUUGAACUCGCAAAACCAUUGCGGUUAGAAAUAAGCGAUCGAAUUAUUAUCAAACAUUUGCUCCAUAUUGUAAUGGAGUGCAUUUAUUUUGAUCAACUUAAUUUUAAUUCAAUCUUUAAUGAAAAAUUUUAUGAGUCUUCUUCUACCAUAAAUAAUUUUAAAUAUGUUGAAAUUGCAAUAAAAGUUUUUGAGAUUGGUCAGUUUUUAGAAACACCAUCUUUGAUCAGAGGAUGUGAGGAUAUCAUCGUAAACGAUAUCCUCGCAUCCUAUUUGAAUCUAAGUACUACCAUAUUAAAUAAAAUACUUGAAUGGAGCAGUAUUGACUCUAAAUAUGUAUAUCAGCAAACAAUUCAGUUUUUGCGAGAAAAGUUUAUCCCAUUAGGCAAAGAUUUUUCGGAAAUUGAUAAGACAACAGAGUCAGGGAAAGUUCAGAUAAAGAACCACAUCUUUUGCAAAUUUUAAAACGUUGUUCUUCAUUCGUUGAUGAGUGUCCUUUAGA